AAUGAAAACAGGAUUUCCUUCCCCUGGAGCGGCUGCAGCCCAGACAGGGCAGGGGAAGCAGCCAGGGAAAGUGGCCUGGGACAGACCAGAUCGUAGUCGCUGUCCUGCAGCAGGGUGAGGCGCAGACCAAGCAAGCGAACAGCAGCGGGGUGUGUUUCUGCAGAGUAAUGCUUGCUUAGCCAAGAGCCAUGUCGCUGUAUCUGAAACACUUCACUGUUGUGGGAGACGACCCUGCGCAGUGGGGCAAUGACUACAAGAAAUGGGAGGACGAGCAGAUGGAGGAGGAAGGUGGGCAGAAGCCGGAAGAUUCAACGAUUAACAUGAAUUCCUCAGUCAGACCUCGUUCCUUCCACGAUGUGAUGAAAAAGCUCUUCAGCUCCCACAAAUUUCAGAUAUUGGUUGUUUGCUUGGUCAUUUUGGAUGCUUUGUUGGUGCUCGCUGAAUUGCUUCUGGACUUGAAAAUCAUCCACCCAGACAAACAUGAAAUAGCACCAAAGGUAUUUCACUACCUGAGCCUUUCUAUUGUAACCCUCUUUUUGGUGGAAGUUGGGUUUAAAAUAUUUGUCUAUCGCCUGGAAUUCUUUCACCACAAGUUUGAAGUCCUGGAUGGAAUAGUGGUGGUGGUUUCGUUUAUCAUCGAUGUCGUCCUUCUGUUUCGGGAACAUGAAUUUCAAGCAGCUGGACUAUUGAUCCUACUCCGACUGUGGCGAGUGGCCAGAAUUAUAAAUGGAAUAAUUUUAUCAGUAAAGACACGCUCUGAACAACGGGUGUCGAAGCUGAAGCAAGCAAAUUUGCAACUCGCUACAAAAGUCGAACAACUUGAAUACAGCUGCACAGAGAAGGAGCAAGAAAUCGAAAGGCUCAACAAGCUGUUACAACAGCAUGGACUUGUCCACCAGCCACAAUAAAAGACUGGCUGUCUAGGGCGAGGGAAAUCCUUCCCUGAGGAAGUUCCAGUGCAAAAACUGCUAGUUUGACCAUCCCUUGUUGACCUCUAAGAUACUUUAUAUACCUCCGUGCUCUCUUGUAUAGUAUUGUCUAGAUGUAGUUUCUACUUUACUACCUGAGAUUUAAUCAAGAGUCUGGUUAAGGUGUUGCAAAGCUCCUGUAGUGUACGGGUAGUCUUACAACAGAUUAUUGACAAAUUAAACAAGCAUUCUCCCUUAAACGAUGUAUUGCAUAACUCUUUAAUUGUAUAGCUGUACAGUUAAUGCUGCAACAAACUAAAUAAAGUCAGAUAUUUACAAA